AUGGCGCCACCACCCUCACCGUUCACGCUCCGAACCGGCAUCUACAGAGCAAUCGAUCCCAUGGUUCUUGGCGGGUCCCUGAAGGGCCAGAAUGCACUCGUAACUGGGUCUGGUCGUGGCAUCGGUCGCUACAUUGCCAUUGCAUUGGCACAGGCUGGGGCCAACGUUUGCGUGACCGGGCGCACUACAAGCCAGGUUGAGGCCACUGUUGCAGAAAUACAGUCGAUUAGGGGACGGGGAGACAAGGAGUCAGAAGCUACUGGGAAAGUAGUUGGCAUCGUCGCAGACAUACUCGACCGCAAAGACCAACAACGCCUGCUCAAUGAAUUUCGGUUAAAGCUAGGCCCCGUUGACAUUCUAAUCUGUAACGCCGGAUCCAACGCCUUCCAGCCUUUCCACCUCACGGACCCGGGCGAAUGGUGGGAUAUUCUGGAGCUGAACUUACGCGCACCGGUAGAGCUUACGAGACUCGCGUUACCGGAAAUGAGGGAGCGGAACUCAGGCACGAUUAUCUACACGAGCAGUCGGGCUGCAGCACCUGACCUGAAUCUUCCGUGGACGACUGCAUACAAUUGUGCGAAGACAGGCGUCACGAAAUUUGCCGGGACCCUGCAGGUUGAACUGGACCAGCUAUCUGCAAUGGAGGGUCGGAAAAGCGGAAUUUCAAUUUUCAGCAUACACCCUGGCGAGAUCGAGACGGACUUGCACCAGACAGCAUAUCCCGAGAAGACGAAGGUGGAGGCACCAUAUGUGAUCGAACAUAUGGCAGAGAUCAGCAAGCGGGGGAGAUUCGUUGAUUGUACAAGGGAUGUUCAAGAGCAAUCCCAAGCAGUGGGAAAGAAAAUAUGA